AUGGUUCGAAGUCAGGACUUGGUGGAGAAUCGGGGCGAACAGAGUUGGUAUAUGGCAGAGGGGUCGAUUUGGGGAAGAAGAAGGCGGAUGGGGGGAGGAGAGGCGAAGAAGAAGGCGGAUGGAGAAGAAGAAUUGCAGAGGCCCUUCCAGAGUGAGAAAGAACUUCAGCAAUUGCAAAGGUGGUAUGCAGAUUGUAGGUUGGAUACCUUGAAGUUUGGAAGAGAUGUUGUGCUCACUUCUAAUUUUCUAGCUUCCUUAGUUAUCGGUGAUCGUGCGUCUCAUCAUGCUCGUCUAGCCUUUGCUAAAACAUCUGUGCUUGUCACACUCAUUGAUGAUUUGUUCGAUCAUGGUGGUUCCAAACAAGAGUGCUACAAGAUUCUUGAAUUAGUAAAAGAAUGGAAAGAGAAGGCGGCUACUGCAGAAUACGAUUCCGAAGCAGUUGAAAUCCUUUUUACAGCACUGUACAAUACAGUGAAUGAUUUGGCGGAGAUGGCUCGUGUCGAACAAGGACGCAGUGUCAAACAAUUUAUAAUUGGAUUGUGGGUUGAAAUACUAUCAGUUUUCAAGAUAGAAUUAGAUACAUGGAGCGAUGGCACGCAACUCAGCUUGGAUGAGUACAUGUCUUCCUCGUGGGUGUCGAAUAGUUCCAGAAUUUUAGUUCUUGUUUCGAUGCAAUUCAUCGGUGCAAAAUUGUCCGAUCAAAUGCUUCUGAGUGAAGAGUGCAAUGAUUUGUGUAGACAUGUUUCGAUGGUUGGCCGACUUCUCAACGACGUUUGCAGUUUCGAGAAGGAGCGCAACGAGAAUACAGGAAGCAGCAUGAGCAUUCUGCUAGCCGUUGGGAGAGAUGGAAGAGGUGUUAGUGAAGAGGAAGCUAUUGCAGAGUUAAAAGAAAUAGUUGAAUAUCACAGGAGAAAAAUGAUGCAGAUUGUCUAUAAUGAAGGAACCAUUUUCCCAAGAAAAUGCAAAGAUAUAUUUAUGGAGGCAUGUAAGGCUUGUUGUUAUGUGUACUCGAGCAGUGACGAAUUUACUUCUCCUCAACAAUUGAAGGAUGAUUUGGAAUCCUUCCUUGGCUUAUGAUUGUGAAACCCCCAACACUUCUUAAGUUUAAAUAAGAAAUUUUUCACUUCCACUA